AUGCAGAACUUUCCUAAUGCAUCUAGAGAUCUAGCGCAAUUCCUUCUUCUCGCAUCAAGCAUGAGACCGGAAAGCAAGGAUGACAGCUCAUCGAAUCAGGCUCCUCUUCUUGCACUCCCGAGGAACCGUCUUGCGGAAUCGGAACCGAGCAAACAAGCUCGUUCAUCAACGGCGAGGGCUAUGAUCACGAACAGCAAGCCUGAUGACCAGUCCUCCAACACACAGAUUGAGAGUGACGAGCUCUCUAUGUCUUCCUCGGACGAAGCCCUCGAAUCUAUCGAGUCAAGCCUCAACUGGCCCUGGCCACCUCAGAGCAGGUUCGAGAAGCUCGAAGAGGUCGAUCUUCAGCUGGAAUCCGAUAUGAAGAAGUCGAGGAAGAGGAAGGGCUUGGAGUGCACAGGGUCGUCUUGCCACGCGCCAUUGAAACGUCAGGCCUCCUCCCUGGGAUUGGAUGAUAGCGAGCUUUCACUGGGUCCUGGAGACCCCUACGUUGUGAGAUCCUCCAAGUCGAAGAGGAGGCAUCACUGA